UCAGUCAGUGUUUGACAGUAGUGAUUUCUCUCUGGGCCCAACAAACAAAUCUUCUAACAGAUUAAUUUGAAUAGCAUAAGUACAGUCUUGAAUUUAAGGUCAAACGGCCAUUAUUUAAUAUCGGACAAAAUUACACCUACGCCACAACGCAUGUGAAGAACAAUUUCUGCCUUGAUCUUGAUGUCGGCAUGACAGACGACUAUGAAGUGUCUGUCCAACAACUCAACGAUCUGUUAACAGAUGAAAACGGAGACUUCCACAUGCCCUCCAAAAACUUCAAUGAAGUCUAUCCCAGAAUACUGCUGGGAAAUCAGUCUGUCGCCACAAAUAUAAAUCGUUUGCAACAACUGGGGGUGACACACAUCCUCAAUGCUGCGGAGGGCGUGUCAGACAUGCACGUGAACACGGGUGCUGAGUUUUAUUCAAGUACAGGAAUGAUCUAUCAUGGGGUACCAGCUUUUGACACGGACCAUUUUGACCUCAGCGUAUAUUUUGAAGAGGCUUCUAAAUUCAUACAAACUGCAUUAACAAUGAAAGGUAAGGUUUAUGUACACUGUCAGAAAGGCUACAGUCGUUCAGCAGCACUGGUCAUUGCAUACCUGAUGCUGUAUCACAGGAUGAAUGUUCAUACUGCUGUGGCCACAGUGAGAGAGAGACGUGAAAUCGGACCCAACGAUGGAUUUCUACGCCAACUGUGUCAGCUAAACAACAGAUUGAAAUGUGAAGGAAGACUGUGUGAACAGUAACUUUAAAAUGAGACUUUUGUUAUCAGUUGAUUUUUGUGAUUUAUUGCAAUUUUAAGUGUCCCUCUUGUUUAUGCUAUAAAUUAUAUUAUCAUUCUAAAAAAGUAAAGCAUUUUGAGUUUAAGGGAACAUUUCACAAGACUUUUUAAAGAUGUACAAUGAAUAUUUGGUGUCCCCGGAGUACAUAUGGGAAGUUUAAGCUCAAAAUACCAUAUAGAUAAUUUAUUAUAGCAUGUUAAAAUUGGCACUUUGUAGGUGUGAGUAAUAAUGUGGCAUUUUGGGGUGUAUCCUUUUAAAUGCAAAUGAGCUGAUCUUGCACUAGAUGGCAGUGCCUUGGUUGGAUAGUGCAGAUUAAGGGGCAGUAUUAUCCACUUCUGACAUCACAAGGGGAGCCAAAUUUCGAUAACCUAUUUUUUCACAUGCUUGCAGAGAAUGGUUUACUAGAAAUACGUUUCUGGGUUGUUCUUUUUCACAUUUUCUAGGAUGAUACAAGCACUUUGGACCCAAUUAUAACACUUAAAAAUGGAAAAAGUCAGAUUUUCAUGAUAUGCCCCCUUUAAUUAUUCAUUAUAGUUCUUUAAAGCAAUAUUUACUUGUAUGCAUUUGGCAGAUGUUUUAUCAAAAGUAAUCUACAGUGCAAUAAAGGUUUACAUUUUUACAGUAUGUGUGAGACCUGAACACACAAUCUUUGCACUGCUUGCACAAUGCUCUACACAUUGAACUAUGGGAACUCAGUUGGUAGAAAUAUGGAAAUAUAACUUCACAUAUUUUAUUGUUUACAUUACCAACUUGAGUAUCGAGCUUUGCUUUAUACCAACUGGCAGAGAAUUGUAAAGAAUGAAUUUAGAUGGAAGUUGUUUUAAGUAUAGUGAUUUAUGUUUGUAUUUGUUAAUAGGGACAUUAUAUAAUACAUUAUUGUUUCUCUCUAAUUCAGUAAGCUGUCAUUUGAAAUGAUUGUUUUCUGCAUCUCAGGUCUCUCUGCUGACCUCUUGUGGUGGUAAGAAUGAGCACAGUUGUUUAUAAAUCAGUCUCUUCUUUUGUUUUGAGUGCAGUCUAAAUGUGGGUGUGUUUAAACCUGUCUUUUAAAUGUGUAUGUGUCGCAUGUUAAUGCCAAGUGUAAACGCAGCCUUUGCUACAUUACUGGCAGUUUUCUGGACAGGGCUUAUCCUAGUCUCAGACUAAAGUUCAUGUUUCAUCUGCCUUAAUUUAAAAACAUCUGUUUUAAAUCUGUUUAUUUGUACUGACAUAUCUGAACAUAUAUCAGUGCCAUUGUUUGGUCUGCACAAAAAUAUAGAUUUUUUUGUAAGGUUUGUAAAAAAAAAAAAAAAAACUUAAAUGUCCUUAUAAAACUAAGGCCCAGUCCUGGAUUCAUCUAAACUCUGUCUGGGAAACAGCCCCCUAAAGUCUAAGUGCUCUGAUUUGAAUAUUUCAAUGAAUAUGAAUUAGGGAUGCAUAACGA